GGGAUCCUCCCGGGCCCGCCUGCCGCGCGCCCCCAGCCCGGAGCCGCCGAGCCUAGCGGAGCCGCCGGGACGGCCAUGGAGGAGGAGCGGGGGUCGGCGCCCGCGGCCCAGUCCGUGCUGGAGAAGAACGUGGCCGAGCUGACCGUCAUGGACGUGUACGACAUCGCGUCGCUCGUGGGCCACGAGUUUGAGAGGGUCAUCGACCAGCACGGCUGCGAGGCCAUCGCGCGCCUCAUGCCCAAGGUCGUGCGCGUCCUGGAGAUCCUGGAGGUGCUAGUCAGCCGCCACCACGUCGCGCCGGAGCUGGACGAGCUGCGCCUGGAGCUGGACCGGCUGCGCGUGGAGCGGAUGGACCGCAUCGAGAAGGAGCGCAAACACCAGAAGGAACUGGAGCUGGUGGAGGACGUGUGGCGAGGAGAGGCGCAGGACCUCCUGUCACAGAUCGCACAGCUGCAGGAGGAGAAUAAGCAGCUGAUGACCAACCUCUCCCACAAGGACGUCGGCUUCUCCGAGGAGGAGUUCCAGAGGCCUGAAGGCAUGUCGGAGCGGGAGCGGCAGGUGAUGAAGAGGCUAAAGGAGGUGGUGGACAAGCAGCGCGAUGAGAUCCGUGCCAAGGACCGUGAGCUCGGCCUGAAGAGCGAGGACGUGGAGGCUCUGCAGCAGCAGCAGACCCGGCUCAUGAAGAUCAACCACGACCUCCGGCACCGAGUCACUGUGGUGGAGGCCCAGGGAAAGGCCCUGAUUGAGCAGAAGGUGGAGCUGGAGGCAGAUCUGCAGACCAAAGAGCAGGAGAUGGGCACCCUGCGGGCAGAACUCGGCAAGCUUCGGGAGAGGCUGCAGGGCGAGCUCAGCCACAAUGGGCAGGACGAGCCCGAGGCAGAGCCGGGCGCAGAGGACCGCAUGUCUGAUGACACGGAGAAAGCUGCUGUGGACCCCAAGGACCCCAGCCGCCCCCGGUUCACGCUUCAGGAGCUGCGCGAUGUGCUGCAUGAGAGGAACGAGCUCAAGGCCAAGGUGUUCCUGCUGCAGGAGGAGCUGGCCUACUAUAAGAGUGAAGACAUAGAAGAGGAGGCCCGAAUACCCCAGCCUACACCUGUUACAUACCCAAGACUGUCCCCACAGCCAGAGUCCAGCAUCAAACGGCUUAAAGAAGGUCCUUUAGGCGACGGGUUUAGCUUCUUCUCCCGAGACAAGAAGCGGCUGGCCAACAUGCAGAGAAAUGUGCACAUCCACGAGUCCUUCGGCCAGUGGGCGAACACCCACCGUGACGACAGCUACACGGAGCAGGGGCAGGAGGCCCUACAGCACCUGUGACCGCGGCCCUCACGUCGAGCAUGCCCAGGGCCGCACCCUCGAAGCCGGCCCCUAGGGGACACUCUGCUUCGAGAAUGGACAUGAGAAACUGAUGCCAAACUCUAAAGAAAUGUUUAUUUAUACCCAGGGCUGUUACUGUUUCUAAUAGAUGACUCUACCCUUAGGAUAUAUAUUUAAUAAUCCCACUGACUGAGGCCAGAUUUUCCCACUACUUUUAGUAACAAGCUUCUUCAAGCCAAAUACAUCACUUAUCACUGUAA